AUGUCGGCGAGUAAAUUGCAGUCCAAGAAGGCCUGCGACGCAUGCCAUAGGAGAAAAAUUGGAUGCGAUACUUCAGGCCCGGAGCCUGAAUGUGACUGGUGUUUGCAUCAUGGGUUGCUGUGUACGUUCGACCGCGUGAGGGGAAGAAAGAAGAUCAGGAACGCAAGAGCCAGGGCUCGCUCAGAGAGGAGUCUACCCGCACGUAUCAGCGACCUCGAGGAGGCCUUGGCGAGAGGAAUUGGGCUCAAUUUGGGGGACACCUCGCUGUCAAGUUCUUCUCGUUCUUCCACGUCACGCGCAGCAUCGACCAUUGGACUGGAUAGUGCAUCCUCUAUUAGCUUUGUUCCACUGAGAGAUCAAGUCGCCACCACCUCUUCUUGUCAGAUCCACUUCGCCGGUCAUCACCUGGGAUCAGUAAGCUGUCACAACGGAAUGCCCUUCUUCUCAGCGAAAGGCCAACAAUGGAUCUUCUCAAGAACGGGCGAGUGGAGUCCAAUCCAGAAAUUGAGCGACCUUGGGACCCGGAACCAACUGCCAUCCUUAGUCGUGCAGACUCUUCCGGCCCAAGACGCAUCCGAACUUCUGAAAUGCAUGCCAGAUCGCGCUGCUGUUGAGAGCAUAUUGAAUCACUUCCAGAGCAGCAUGUUUGGAUUGAUCUUUCCAAUCAUUGACCAUGUCCUCUUCGGAUAUACGCUUGACAUGGCUUAUGCACCGGCUGAUGGGCAAGAGACACCUGGGCAUAUUAGCGCCAAGGCCUGUGUCCUUGCCUUCAUGUCCUUUGUGGGCCUCACUCGAACGGCGUGCACCGUUGACAUGAGCGUCAGCCCUGAUGAGUGCGCGACGACAGCUACUCACCUUCUAGCGGACGUUUUCGAGGACGUGAGUGUUAUGAGCCUCCAGACAGUUUUUAUGCUGCUCCUAUAUCAGACUUUCUCCGGUCGUCUACAAACGGCCAUGAUGCUGCAUGCUGUGGCUUGUCGAAAAGUCGUGCUUCUUGGAGGGCACAAUUAUGUCCCUAGGCCUCAAUGGGGAGCAGAAGCCAGUCAUCAGGAGCGAGAAAGUUAUCAAAUCCGGAUGCUCUUCUGGUUAUGCUAUGUUCUUGACAAGGACAUCGCGAUGCGCUCUGGGCAGCCACCUAUCCUAGUUGAGGAUUUCUGCGACCUUACUCUCCCAGAACGCUAUGAAGAGAGUCAGGUCCUUUUUCCAGGUCUCGAUGACCACGAAGUCCUUUUUAUUGUCGAUGCGGCACUGGUACCGCGUUUUCCGGGCCACUUACCACUCAGCAUUCUCAAAGAAAAAGUGUGCCGGCACCUCUAUUCGCCUUCAGCUUCCCAGAAAUCAGAAUCCGAGCUACUUCGAACGGUGCGUGAACUGGACGACGAGCUUGAGAGUUGGCGGAUAUCCCUCCCUAUAGAGAUACGGCCUGUGCUGGUAGUUCCAGAAACCUCUAACCCCAAUUCGAGUUGGAAACUACCCACAACCAUGCGGCAGGUCAUGACGUGCUUGGAUUACCACUACCUCAUGACUAUGAUCCAUCGGGUCUCUGGAAGAUGCCGCACGGGAGCUGAAGAAGGGAGAGUUAGUUGGAAUAGUGGCUUUCAAUCGAGCUUAGUGCUGUCGGUAGAAGCAAGUCGAUCGACGUUGUUUUACUUACGGGGAGCUGCUACAGGGCUGCCGAGUGAAACGUAUUGGGUCAUCAUAUUUUAUCCCAUGUCUGCGCUCAUAACGCUCUUCUGCAACAUUCUCAUCAACCCGUUGGACCCACGAGCAAAGGCCGACAUAGAACUCCUCAAGUCUACGUCAGAGUUUCUUCAGCGUAUACCAAUACGAAGGUUGACUGAAUAUGAGACAACACAUAUGGAAAUGAUCAAUGACUUCGUAGCUGAAUUGAUACGGUUGGGGCACUACGCAGUUGAAAAGGCGGAGAAUGAGGUACCACAUCAGUUCGAUCUAGAUUGA